AUAGAAACAUUACCGUAGGUGGUAGGCAUAUUUAAAUUAUUAAAGUUUCUAUUGAUCUAGUUGAGUGAAGGACUUCAGCGUUAAGACUUGUAAAGUUAAAAGAGUGCAUUAUAAAAGUGGAAGAGGACAACUUCGCACCUGAGCAUGAAAAUUUAAGAUCUGCCUGAAAUGUGCCUACCACUUACGGUAAUGUUUCGGAAGGCUGUCGAAAGGCUUCCCACUGGCAGUUGGGUCUCCUUAUUAUUCCUUCGUGUGGUCCAGCGCGACACUGCGUCAGCAAGUGGCGCGAUCUAUCAGAGGCAAGUGCCAACUGUAUGCACUCUUCUCGAAAGCUUCAGACUUCAGGCAAAACAAAUCUGACAAAAUCAAUUUGUUAUCAGUUUAUCAGUUCCUCACAAUUAAACGGUAACAAUGUAUCAAUUGGAAGUCUAGAGUUAGUAUUUUGUACAUUAUUUAAAUAAUUGUAUGUUAUAAAUUGUAUAUAUGCUGAAUUUUAAUUAAGCAAUGAUAACCAUAAGCAGUCCGGAGAAGCGCCAUCUUGCUGAUCCACAGCGAAUAACAAAAAGCAGAAAAAUAAGCCUGGACUUUAACCAAAAUUCAACUAAGAAUGAAUCACAUCACGCCAAGACACAAGUUCAGCAUCUAGAAGAGCAUCCAGAGCAUCUGAAGAUCGAUAACAUCGGGAUUCCCUCUCUACCAUCCAGAGUAUGCAUCUUGCAGAGCCUUAAGCACCUGGAUGCGUCAGGGAAUAAACUUCAAGAUCUUCCUGAUGAUCUCGGGCGUCUUGAAAACCUUGAAAUUCUCGACUUGAGCUUUAACAAUCUCUCCAAGUUCCCUAUUUCCUGUGCAGCUCUGAAUCGCCUAAAGCAGCUCGUUCUAUCGAACAACAGGUUCAAAUCCAUUCCCGAGUGCGUUGAAGAGGGGAUGCAAAACCUCGAAAUCCUCGAUGUUUCACAUAAUCCCCUCAAGUUUAUUUCUGCUCCAGCCAGCACAAAACUCAAACGUUUCUCAGCAAAUGGCUUAAAAUACUGCCGAUUUUUUCCCGAGUGGUUGCUGAAUUCCAAAUUCUGGAAGCUGGAUGAAAUAAAUCUAGACGAUUCGGUCUUCGAUAAAUUCCGCUUUCGUGAGAAGCAAAUCUCGCAUCUCCGACGUUUCUCGAUGCGCAAUUCUUCCUUGAAUGAUAAGAACUUGGAGCAAAUCACAUCAAACAUGGUCGAGUUACAAAAGAUAAAUGUCGAUAAUGAUAAAGUACAAUUGAGACGAGAGGGAAGAUCCAAUAUAUUUUGUACCCUCCCAGGCUCGAAUUUGAGAAAUCCUGGAGUGGUGCAGGAAAUCAACGCCAGAAUGACUGCGUUGUCGAUACUACCGCACUCUAUCGACAAGUUUUUUAAUUUGAAAAGACUCGACAUUGGGGAAAAUCAGUUAUGUUGGUUGCCGGAUGAAAUCUGCGUACUUCAGAAUCUGCAGGUGUUAAUUAUCGAUAGUUGCGAAUUGGGUAAAUUGCCGGAGAAAAUUGGAAAUUUAGAUAAAUUAGAGGAAAUUUCCGCGUGUAAUAAUCGACUCAUGGAGCUUCCUAGAUCAAUGGCGAAUCUAAAAAACUUGAAGAUUCUGGAUUUGUUUAAUAAUGAGCUUUCGGAGAUACCAACAUGUUUGGAAGGAGAGAAGCUAAAGUAUUUGGAUCUUGAGAAGAACUUCUUCGCGAUUAAAAAUUCCUUGAUGAGAAACACGCCGUAUGACAUUCUCAGAGAGAGAUUAAGACAACACUACAAUUACGAGAGGGAUGUUGGUUCGAAGACGUACAGAGAGGAUAAAACGUUCAACUAUAACGACGCAAAGGCAUCUAACAGUUGCAGCGGCAGCGAAUGUGGCGAAAUAAUCUCAGAGGUAAAUGGAGUUUGCACUGAAGAUUGGGGCUUACCCGAAGAUUCUGCAGAUGAAUAUGAGCCGACUCGUGAAGCUAAAUUAAAGUUGCCUCCAGCGAGAUCUCUGAAGCAAUUUCAUAUUACCUACAGUAGCUACUUCCGUCCAUCAGAUUUGCAUUCACGAAGAGUACGAGAUGUGGUUAGGCGAGUGAAGAAAAAAGGUCUUAGAAAAAAUUCAACUUGUACCAUCGAAGAUGGACAAUUCGAUGACGCUUAAUGUCAGUUUACAAAAUUUAUCUUGUUACUGACUUUUAGAUGUAUUUUUCUUUUAUGAUUGAUCGCUAUUUUAAAAAUGGCUUUUAAUUUGAUAUUUAAAACUUGUUAAAUAUUUAUGAAGACCGAUAUUUUUCAAAGAGAUAUUAUCAUGAACAAAGUUUCAAUUGAAAACGAUUUUAUAAGAAAAAUUCUUUUAAACGCAAGUACUCCGUAUAGGGGUUAAUUCAAUUUCUUGUUCAAAUUUUCUAAUAAUUUUUUUCGAUAGUCAACGUUUAUUUUUAAGUUUCACAGAGUUUUCCAUAUUAUAAAUAAUUGAAAACUGUCUCCUGUUGAGUUUAAUGUUAUCUUCAACGAAGAUCUAUUUUUAAGUUGUAAAUGGAUAGGUAUUCCAUACCUUUUAGUACAAAUCCGAAGAGUUAACCACGGAUUAAUUCAAGUGUACUCCUGCGUCUGAAUUCUUUUGAAUUCUAUUGAAUUCUUUUAAUUUUGUGCUAGAACAAAACUCCUAGUGAUUAAACUCUGAAAUUAAUCGCAUGUCACGAAAAAAUAUGUUUGAUCAGAACAUGAAACUUUAUACAAGUAUUAUUUUCGAACAGCGUUUCAAUCUUAAUGAUCUUUUUAUCGCAUGGUUGCGAAUAUUAUAUUGUGCACCUAUAGGGGGCAAACUUAGUCUUUUUACCCGCGCGUGGGUCUACGCCUCGUUAUUGCAAACUCCUGCGAGGAUGAAAUGAUGUUUCCCUCCUUGGGGCACAAGAUACUUUAUGUAACAAAGGUAUGGCUCAAAAGUUUAUUACGACUGGUAUUUGAGUUGAGGUUGAUAGAAAUUAAGGGAAUAUUGCAGGAAACUAUCGGGAGUCUGGGGAACAUUGAAUUUCUCACUGUUAACAAGUAAUUUUUAAAUUAAUCAGGUAAUAUUUUUAAAGUUUUAUCAAUGUGCACUUUAAUUUGAUAACAAAUAGGUGCAAGUUCGAUACAGUAAACGAUUUGUUAUACAAAUUGAAAACUUUAAGUGGCAUCUAAACCUUUUUGGUUAUUAAUGAAUUCCAAAUUUAUUAUGUACUUACAUAUUGAAUAUUAGAAAAAAUGUAAUUAAUUACUGAAAUAGAAAUUAAUCGUUAUCUAAGUUAAAUUAAAUCAAUAUCUAAAGAAUUCUGUAAUGAUAUUUUAUUGACAGUGGAGUGUCAGUAUGGAAGUUCUCACCUUUUACCAGAACCCUUCAAAGUUAAAUAAAAAGGAAUAAAGCAUAGUGCUAAAGAAUUUUUCCGACUCCCUUGAAUGGAGUUGAAUCAAAUAAGAAGCAGAUCGCUUAAUCGAAUAUGACAUAGAAAUUCGUAAAUUAAUAUCGCAAAGUUUAGAAACUCGUGGUUUAGAUAUAGAUGGCGCUUUAAUGUCCUUAGAAAGUACUCCCGAGAAUAUUGGGAACCUCUGGUCUGGCUUCCUCAGAGUUUCUGGGAAUAUUCCCGCGACCUAUCACUCAUUAUUCUACUCGUUGUCGCUCCUACUACGCUAUUAAAACGCGUAAAUCAUACCGUCGUUAUACAAAAGACUUUAUUCGAUUCGAAAAGAAUAAACAAUACGAUAUAAAUAAAA